AUGGUCGAAUUGGAGAAAGAGGUGCUCCCGUUGCCCCCUCGGUACCGGUUCCGAGACCUGUUGCUCGGGGACUGGCAGACCGACGACAGGGUUCAAGUAGAGUUCUAUGUGAACGAGAACACAUUCAAGGAGCGCCUCAAGCUGUUCUUCAUCAAAAACCAAAGAUCCAGUCUGCGGGUGCGAAUGUUUAAUUUUGCUCUCAAAGUGCUGAGCUGCCUCCUCUACAUCGUCAGAGUCCUGUUGGACAACCCGCUAGAGGCGAGACAGGACUGUGGGAGCGGCGUAAACUGCACCAAACCAAACACAUCACUUCAUCACUGGAGCGAGUUUGACUGGAAACUGAUCAUCUGGGUGGAUAGACCUCUACCGCUGUGGGCACUGCAGGUGCUUGUGGCUUUCAUCAGUUUUUCAGAAACUAUGCUGCUUGUGUAUCUCAGCUACAAGGGCAACGUCUGGGAGCAGAUAUUACGUGUCCCUUUCAUACUGGAGAUGAUCAGCGCCGUUCCCUUCAUGAUCACUGUGAUUUUACCCUCCUUCAGAAAUCUCUUCAUCCCUGUAUUCCUCAAUUGCUGGCUCGCCAAACAUGCGUUGGAGAACAUGAUAAAUGAUCUUCACAGGGCAAUCCAGCGAACGCACUCAGCCAUGUUUAACCAGGUGGUGAUCCUUAUCAGCACCCUGGUCUGCCUCAUGUUUACAUGCAUCUGCGGUAUCCAACACCUCGAACGAGCGGGAAAUAACCUCACCCUGUUCGACUCGCUCUAUUUCUGCGUGGUCACAUUCUCCACGGUGGGCUUCGGAGACGUCACCCCUCAGAUCUGGCCUUCGCAGCUACUGGUUGUCAUCAUGAUCUUUGUGGCGCUCAUUGUGCUUCCUAUCCAGUUUGAGCAGCUGGCCUUUCUGUGGAUGGAGCGACAGAAAUCUGGGGGGAACUACAGCCGCUACAGGGCGCAAACGGAGAAACAUGUGGUGUUGUGCGUCAGCUGCCUGAAGAUCGACCUCCUCAUGGACUUCCUCAAUGAGUUCUUCGCACAUCCCCGACUGCAGGACUACUAUGUGGUGAUCCUGUGUCCAGCAGAGAUGGAUGUUCAGGUUCGGCGGGUUCUUCACGUACCUUUGUGGGCCCAAAGAGUCAUCUAUCUGCAGGGAUCUGCACUCAAAGACCAGGACCUGAUGAGGGCCAAGAUGGACGAUGCCGAGGCCUGCUUCAUCCUCAGUAACCGCUUUGAAGUGGACCGCAUCGCCGCUGACCAUCAAACCAUCCUCCGAGCUUGGGCGGUGAAAGACUUUGCUCCAAAUUGCCCCCUGUACGUCCAGAUUCUCAAGCCAGAGAACAAGUUUCACGUCAAAUUUGCAGAUCAUGUGGUGUGUGAAGAAGAGUUUAAGUACGCCAUGCUGGCUUUAAACUGCGUGUGCCCCGGUACCUCCACUCUCAUCACUCUAUUGAUCCACUCCUCCAGAGGACAAACGGCUCCGCAAGAAGCCUUCAAGCAACGUGUCGGAGCCUUUCAAGCCCUCAACAGAGAGGGGGGCGGGUGUUCGGCGGACCAAUGGCACCGGACGUACCGACGCUGCUCAGCCAAUGAGGUGCAUCACAUCCGCCUGGAGGAAAGUAAAUUCUUCGGGGAAUACCAGGGCAAGAGUUUCACCUUCGCCUCCUUUCACGCUCACAAAAAGUAUGGGGUGUGUUUGAUCGGUGUCCGCAGACUGGACACCACUAACAUCCUGCUGAACCCGGGGCCCUGCCACAUUAUGGGCGCCUCUGACAUGUGCUUUUACAUCAACAUAUCUAAAGAGGAGAACUCUGCUUUUGUCAGAGGUCAGAGGGAGCCCACCUGGGGGGGCACAGGAGGAAAUGCCAGGGGAGUUCACCAAACCAUCUACCACGGCCUCACCCGCCUGCCGGUGCACAGCAUCAUCGCCAGCAUGGGCACCGUGGCCAUAGACCUGCAGGACUCCAGUGACAGUAGUCCAGAAGGACAGGACCCUGGGAGUACAGGGAUGGGCAGCGGUAGAGGAAGCAGGAGCAGCUCCAGGACGGAGGUGGGCGGAGCCAACACUUUGGCCCUGCCCCCCAUGGGAGAAUCGGCCGAGGAGAGGAGGCACAGCAUCGCCCCGGUUCUGGAGCUGGUGGACGGGGUCAACAACCCCACCUUUGACCUCCUGGGAGACCAGUCUGAGGACGAGGGGGGGGACGAGGGCAAGGAGGACAGUGACAGAGACGAGAGCGCCCACUGGUGGGGGCGACACUGCGAGUGGGUGAAAGGAUACCCGCUCAACUCUCCGUACAUCGGCAGCUCACCUGCGUUGUGUCACCUUCUACAAGAAAAGAUGCCUUUUUGUUGUCUCCGCAUGGACAAGGGUUGUCACCACAUCCCUUUUGAGGACGCUCGCUCGUACGGCUUCAAAAACAAACUGAUUAUCGUAUCAGCGGAAAGUGCAGGGAACGGUUUGUACAACUUCAUCGUGCCGCUGCGAGCUUAUUACCGACCCAGGAAGGAGCUCAACCCCAUAGUGCUGCUGCUGGAGAGCAUACCUGAAGCGGACUUCCUGGAGGCGAUCUGUUGGUUCCCGAUGGUUUUCUACACAGUGGGUUCCAUCGACAAUCUGGAUAGCUUGUUGCGAUGCGGGGUGACUUUCGCCGACACUAUGGUCGUGGUCGACAAAGAGAGCUCCAUGAUCGCAGAGGAGGACUACAUGGCAGACGCCAAGACCAUCGUCAACGUCCAGACCCUGUUCAGACUGUUUCCAGCUCUGAGUAUCAUCACAGAACUCACACAUCCAGCCAACAUGCGCUUCAUGCAGUUCAAAGUCAAAGACCACUACUCUCUGGCUCUGUCCAAACUGGAAAAGAAGGAAAGGGAAAAAGGCUCCAACCUGGUGUUCAUGUUCCGCCUGCCCUUCGCUGCAGGGAAGGUGUUCAGCGUCAGCAUGUUGGACACUCUGCUCUACCAGUCAUUUGUGAAGGACUACAUGAUCUCCAUCACGCGGCUGCUGCUGGGUUUAGACUCCAUGCCUGGCUCAGGGUUCCUCUGCGCUAUGAGAAUCACAGAGGACGACCUGUGGAUCCGCACCUAUGGACGGCUCUACCAGAAACUGUGCUCGUCCACCGGAGACAUUCCCAUCGGCGUCUACAGGACCGAGGCCCACAAGCUGCCGGUGUCAGAGUCCCAGGUCUCCAUCACGGUAGAAGACUACGAGGACACCAGAGAGCCCCGGGAGCCCCUCCUGUCCGGGUCCGGCGCCCACCGUAACUCCACCUCCUCAGAGCCCAUCUCCUCCUCCCACUCCUCGGACCACCCGCUGCUCAGGAGGAAGAGCAUGCAGUGGGCCCGACGGCUGAGCCGGAAGGGGGGCCGGGGCUCCAGCGGGGCCAAGGGGGGUCCGGGCAGCGCUGCCGAGAGGAUCAGCCAGCAGAGACUGACCCUGUUCAGGCGCUCGGAGCGACAGGAGCUGAACGGCCUGGUCCGGACCAGGAUGAAACAUCUGGGCCUGUCACCUACAGGGUUCAAUGGGAUGACAGACCAGGGGAACAGACUGUCCUACAUCCUCAUCAACCCUUCUCCAGACACCAGGCUGGAGCUGCACGACGUAGUGUACCUCAUCAGACCCGACCCCCUCUCUCUGGUCCCUAAUCAGGGGAGCGGCAGGAAGUGCAGCGGCGGUCUGUCGGAGAGCCACAGGUUCGAUACGCAGGACAGCACCCACCUGUGAAAGACCCCCCCCCCCCCCCCAGACCAUCAGACUGUCCAUAAACACUGCAACACUGCCGCAGAGGACCAACAACAGCUUCAGAAAGAAACGUCAACAAGCGUGGACAUGCAGACAGAUGCAGUCACAUGACACACAGGCCCUGAUACUUUAACUCCACUCAGUCUGAGUGAAGGCGGAGGUGCCGGACAUGAUGAUGCAUGGGCCUUUUCUAGAACAACAGGAAUGUUUUCUUCAUGCACCUUCCUAUUUUCAAAAGUGCAGAGCUGCGGACACAGAAGUGCAUUUAAUGAAAAAAAACAAAAACCUGUAUGUAUUUAUUUAUAUGUAUGUGCAUGUUCCAGUAUGUGCUGCAUCAUAUAUGUGCAGGUGUGUGAGCGACUGUGUGUGUGUGAGUGUGUGUGUUUGUUAGGAGUAAGAUCCUGCCAACUGUAUGUGGACGGACAAAGUGGUAAAAGUCAGGGGAUGUUUCCUGUCCUUUGUGUCGUACAGUGGUGGGCAAAAAUAUUCCAACACUUGUCAAAUCUUAAGAAACUGGUGUUUUUUUUUUUGUUUGUUUGUUUUUUCCCCAGAGCCUGAAUUUCACUUUUUUGCCACAGUUCACUGAAGUUUGGUCAGGAUAUUGAGUAAAUUAGACACAGAAAAAUUAUGGCAACAAAGUGACAUCCAGUAUUAUUGAAUAGAUUUAAAGUCCUGUGGUUCAAAUUAAAACUGAAAAUUAACCCUUUCAUGCAUACUGGUCACUCCAGUGGACAGAUAUUCCACAGCUGUUCUCUUGUAUAUUCAUGGGUUUUGUUGUUUUAGUUCCAUAUCAGCCA